CUACUUGACCGCUGUCCGUCGUUCCCAGGGCUCCGUGAGAGCGGGUUUGCCCCACCCCACCUCUUCAACGCUAUCUAUCUCAAUGUGCAAUUCUCCGAGGAAAAAAAAGGGUGCACAACACAAAUAACGCGGAGCGACGCCGCCGUGGAACAGUUACGUGUCUAAAAACGCCAGCGGUCCCCGGCAACAGGCAGACAGGCAGAUAAGCUCGGCUGUAACAAACAACGACAGCCACCUUCCCCCCCAAAAGCCGUCUACGCUAGGAUGAGGGCUUGAAAACACGGCGGUAAGGUUCCAUGUCUGAUGCACAUGUAACCACCUUCCAGCAGCGGGAGAGUACGAGCCGCCGAGCUAACUUGACAAGGUGGGGAUUGCCAUCCGUAAAACACCUGGACGUCGAGCUGCAUUCAGGGACACGCAGCUGCUGAAUGAAUUGAGAGAAGGGGAGAAGAAAAAAACCCCACCGCCGAUGUGAGGAGAAACGAGCAUUUAACGUGACGGGGGAGCGGAGAGCGAGGGAAAAGGACGGCGGAGAAGGGGGCCUUUUUCGGGGGGCAGGGGUCUUCUUGGAUGUUUUACGCUGAGAGGAUCUAAAAAUAAAUAAUCCAAAUAAAAGAACAUUAAAAAAAACGGGAAUUACGACGACACGCUCCAGUGAAGCCCCAAGAGGAAAUGUCAACUUAUUGUACAGAAGUCACCCACCCUCUCCAAAACAAGGAUCGAACCAAGAUGAUUUGCCAAGAAAAUUAAGGCAAAAUCGAGAGGAAAGUGGUGGUGUGUGUCUUCAUCCAUGUCCAUUUCACAUCCUCUCGUAGCAGCGUUGAUGACUUCAUUGCCGAUUUAUAGUGGAAACACGGCGCUGCUGUCCUUCCUGACUCUUGUUGCCAGUAAAUAGCCACUUCCAUCCAUCCAUCCACCAUCCCCAUCGAUGCCUCCCGUUCUAAGACGGGUCUUUCACUCUUGGGCCUGUCUUGGAAUUUAGGAUCCAUUUUCCUCACCUUACCUUUCCCCACUUUGCCCACCCUACCUCCCCCCUGGGGUCUUUUUGUUUGUGUUUUUUUGGGGGGGCCGCGGGAGGGAAGAUGGGCUGUCUCGGCAACAGCAAGACGGAAGACCAACGGAACGAGGAGAAGGCCCAGAGGGAAGCCAACAAGAAAAUUGAGAAGCAGCUUCAGAAAGACAAACAGCUAUACCGUGCCACUCAUCGGCUUCUCCUACUAGGGGCUGGCGAAUCCGGGAAGAGCACGAUAGUCAAGCAAAUGCGAAUAUUGCACGUCGAUGGCUUCAAUGCGGAGGAGAAAAAGCAGAAAAUACAUGAUAUCAAAAACAACAUUAAAGAAGCUAUAGAGACCAUCGUGUCCGCCAUGAGUACACUCACGCCACCGUGCAAGCUUGCCUGCCCUGCUAACCAGCCGCGCAUCGACUACGUCCUCCACCAAAUCAACCAGAAGGAUUUCGAGUUUUCGUCGGAGUUUUAUGACCACUCAAAGAUCCUCUGGCAGGACGACGGCGUGCGGGCCUGCUGGGAACGGUCCAAUGAAUAUCAGCUCAUCGAUUGUGCGCAGUACUUCUUAGACCGGGUCGAUGUGGUUCGACAACAUGACUACACGCCAACUGACCAGGACCUGCUGAGAUGCAGAGUGCUGACGUCCGGCAUCUUUGAGACAAGAUUUCAAAUAGACAAAGUCAAUUUUCAUAUGUUUGAUGUAGGUGGUCAGAGAGACGAGCGUCGAAAAUGGAUCCAGUGUUUUAACGACGUGACGGCUAUCAUUUUUGUGGUGGCGAGUAGCAGCUACAACAUGGUGAUCAGAGAGGACAAUCAGACCAACAGACUACAGGAGGCCCUCAAUCUUUUCAAGAAUAUUUGGAACAACAGGUGGCUACGGACCAUCUCCGUCAUUCUCUUCCUGAACAAACAGGACCUCCUCGCAGAGAAGGUCUUGGCAGGGAAGUCCAAAAUUGAGGACUAUUUUCCUGAAUUUGCACGCUACACGACACCUGACGAUGCAGUACCCGAGCCGGGCGAAGAUCCACGCGUCACGAGGGCAAAAUACUUCAUACGGGAUGAGUUUCUGAGGAUCAGCACAGCCAGCGGGGACGGACGCCAUUACUGUUACCCCCACUUCACCUGCGCCGUAGACACUGAAAACAUCCGGCGCGUCUUCAGCGACUGUCGCGACAUCAUCCAGAGGAUGCACCUACGGCAGUACGAGCUCUUGUGAUGUUGACGACUCCCACAAGACCACCCGCUCACUGUCUCCCACUCCCUGCCUUUUGGAUUCCUUUGCUCCCUAAUCCCCGCCCAGGACCAUGAGCCCAGUUGGCAACCGUAAUUCAGGAAGAAGACAUAGGGACCCAAGGACACAUCCACAAAACACUACAGUUUUAAUGUCUCCGAAAGGCCCAAUCCAAUAGUCAGUUUGAGUUUUAUUCGCUGUGUGCUGAGUAACAAUCAAGAGCUGGAUAAGAUGAGAGAAACUGAGCAUUUUGGGCUGUGAGGGUGGAGGUGGGUUGCAUGGGGGUGGACUGAUGGGACUCCACAAUUUUCAUGGAGGAAGGACAGAAGCAAAUCAGAAUAAAAAAAAAAAAGUCCAAGAUAAAUAUACACAGUUGGUGUGUGUGUGUGUGUGUGCGCGCGUGCGUGUGCGUGUGUGUGUGUGUGUGUGUGUGUGUACACAAAUAAAAAAAGGACAGCCCCACCCACACCUCCUGCCUUCAUUCACUCAUUCCCCCUACCUUACCAACGCCCGCCCCUGGCUUCACGUUUUUAUGUUACUGCCGGACUAUUAUUCCUGUACAGACUGUAAAAUGUAUUUUGUACAACUAUAUUGAAGAAGACAAUGACGAUGAUGAAGAAAAAUGACUUGUAGAAGAUCCUUGUGCCUUGAUCACGACUGUACGUGUCAAAAAAAAAAGGAG